AUGCCUAUGCCCGCAGCCCCCAAAAAGACGGAGAGAUCCCAUGAAGAGAACCAGGAGCGAGCAUACAUUGCGGCCUCGCGCCGCACAGACCGCAGCCUCGAGGCUCGCGUCCAGUCAGCACGAAUGGCCAGCGAUAUACACAAGCGACGUACUGGCAAGAGCUUCCGCAUCACCGACGAUAUUGUCAUGAAGGAGGAAAUGUACGAGGAGGAAGACGACGAUCUUCCUCGCUCCUACAGAGUCCUCGGUCCUCAUAUGAAAACGUCUUCGUCCGAACUUAACUAUAGAGCAGGGGCAUACUUUUCUAACAGAGUUGCUCUGUCGGAAUUGGUCGCUCGUACGGAUGAUGAUUGGCGAAACAACGAGAUCAACAAGAGGUUCGCACAGCUGUUUCCCCAACACGCCCGUCAGAACUCAGAUACGUCGCCUGUGUCUCCCCCUCAGCCGCCGCAGCAACUACCUCAACAGCAGCAGCCGCAACAGCAGCAGCAGCAACACUCCCCAUUCCCUCAGCGCCCGCAGCCCGUGCCUCAGCAGUUUCACUCGAUGCCUUCGCAUUCUGACCCAUUUCCAUCGGCCCAUCAAUUUUAUGCCCAGCCACACCAAACAGUUCAGCACGCUAGAACAUUCUCUACCUCUGCUGUCAGCCAAUGCUCACCGCAGCACCCAGAGUUUCUGCGACAAGAUUCUGGCGUUGCUUUGCCUGGAUCGCCACCCACCUUUCACCACUCUCCCCACCCCGAUUCUCCUAUGGACUUGGGCUCCAACCGGUCUGCAUUCACGGCCGAAUUACCCUCGGAGGCUAGAAUGAUGAUGAUGAGUGGCGUCGACAUGAAUGCGGGCUACGACUCUGCCUCUCAAACUUGGCCAAGCAUGGACGCAACAUUCGACAUGCCAGGCGUCCCUCGUGGCUCUAGGAACGAAGAGGAGCAAGUCGUUUCCCCAACCAGCGACACCUUUGACAUCUCCAACCUUAGGUGGGACCCGAUGAUGGCUCAAGUGGACGACUCGACAUGGAAUACGUUUAUUAACGACAAUGCCUGGACUGACGGCCAAUAA